GCCUAGAGAAAUGAAGAGAUUUGCCCUAAAUUCCUCAGCUGAGCAGCUGUGAGGCUGAGUGCCUCUGAAAGUUUUCAGGUUGUUCUGAGGACCCCAGACUAAAGCCUCCUCUUGCCCAAAGGCAUCUGUCUGCUUGAAGCUGCCUUUGGGAAGCUCACAUUGCCCUGAGGUUAGCGUCCAGGAAGGGAGAAAUCCUUAAGAGAGAAGUUGUUUGAAGACUCUGUGGCCAUCUGUAUUGGAGAGUUAAUUCAGGUUCUUCAUUUAAGAGAGUAAACUCUGGAAGGCCGUGGCUUAUAGGCCCCAGUGAUCACUGGCAGGGAAGGGAAGAGAGCUUUUCUUUUUCUCCCAGGGAGGCUAUUGAGUGGCAGGGGCGGGAGCAGUAAGGGGGCGGGCCUGAAUCAGCGCCCUCUGAGCAGCCAAAGACCUGCAGGCACAGGAGCUGCCAUCCUUCCAAGAUGUGGCUUCUCUUGCUGGUCCUGACCUCCCUCGCCUCUUCGACAGUUUGGGGGCAGCCAGCCUCGCCGCCUGUUGUGGACACUGCCCGGGGCCGAGUCCUGGGGAAGUACGUCAGCUUAGAAGGCCUGGCACAGCCUGUGGCCGUCUUCCUGGGAGUCCCUUUUGCCAAGCCCCCUCUCGGAUCCUUGAGGUUUGCUCCGCCGCAGCCUGCAGAACCAUGGAGCUUCGUGAAGAACACCACCUCGUACCCUCCCAUGUGCUGCCAGGACCCAGUAGUGGGGCAGAUGACCUCAGAUCUAUUUACCAACAGAAAGGAGAGGCUCACUCCGGAGUUUUCUGAAGACUGUCUCUACCUAAAUAUUUACACCCCUGCUGACCUGACCAAGAGGAGCAGACUGCCGGUGAUGGUGUGGAUCCACGGAGGAGGUCUGGUGGUGGGCGGGGCACCAAUGUAUGAUGGGGUGGUGCUUGCUGCCCAUGAAAACGUGGUGGUGGUGGCGAUCCAGUACCGCCUGGGCAUCUGGGGAUUCUUCAGCACAGGGGACGAACACAGCCGGGGCAACUGGGGUCACUUGGACCAGGUGGCCGCACUGCACUGGGUCCAGGAGAACAUCGCCAACUUUGGAGGCGACCCAGGCUCUGUGACCAUCUUUGGAGAGUCAGCAGGAGGGGAAAGUGUCUCUGUUCUGGUGUUGUCUCCCUUGGCCAAGAACCUCUUCCACCGGGCCAUCUCUGAGAGUGGCGUGGCCCUCACUGUUGCCCUGGUCAGGAAGGACAUGAAGGCUGCAGCUAAGCAAAUUGCUGUCCUUGCUGGGUGUAAAACCACCACCUCGGCUGUCUUUGUUCACUGCCUGCGCCAGAAGUCAGAGGACGAGCUCUUGGACUUAACGCUGAAGAUGAAAUUUUUAACUCUUGAUUUGCAUGGAGACCCCAGAGAGAGCCAUCCCUUCCUGCCCACUGUGGUGGAUGGAGUGCUGCUGCCCAAGAUGCCUGAAGAGAUUCUGGCUGAAAAGGAUUUCAACACUGUCCCCUACAUCGUGGGAAUCAACAAGCAAGAGUUUGGCUGGCUUCUGCCAACGAUGACGGGCUUCCCCCUCUCUGAAGGCAAGCUGGACCAGAAGACGGCCACGUCACUCCUGUGGAAGUCCUACUCCAUGGCUAACAUCCCUGAGGAACUGACUCCAGUGGCCACUGACAAGUAUUUGGGGGGGACAGACGACCCCGUCAAAAAGAAAGACCUGUUCCUAGACUUGAUGGGGGAUGUGAUGUUUGGUGUCCCAUCUGUGACGGUGGCCCGUCAACACAGAGAUGCAGGAGCCCCCACCUACAUGUAUGAGUUUCAGUAUCGCCCAAGCUUCUCAUCGGACAAGAAACCCAAGACGGUGAUCGGGGACCACGGGGAUGAGCUCUUCUCCGUCUUUGGUUUUCCACUGUUAAAAGGCGAUGCCCCAGAAGAGGAGGUCAGUCUCAGCAAGACGGUGAUGAAAUUCUGGGCCAACUUUGCUCGCAGUGGGAACCCCAAUGGGGAGGGGCUGCCCCACUGGCCGAUGUACGACCAGGAAGAAGGGUACCUUCAGAUCGGCGUCAACACCCAGGCAGCCAAGAGGCUGAAAGGUGAAGAAGUGGCCUUCUGGAACGAUCUCCUGUCCAAGGAGGCAGCAAAGAAGCCACCCAAGAUAAAGCAUGCUGAGCUGUGAAGGGGAGGCUCGGCCGACCUUGAGGGCUUGUGGGACCGCAGGCAGGAGUAGUCUACAGAAGGCGUUGAUGGGCCAGGAGGUAUCUUCUUGUGGAGGCUGGGGAAUUAGCGGGUGGGAGUGGCGGAGAUCAGGGAGGGGGAAUUUCUGUAGCUGCGGCCUCAAUUUUAGAAUAAAUGUUCUUUUGGAGACCAA